UUUCUGCCGAGGUAUCGCAGCUCCCGCUGACUUAAAAUACCAAGAUCUUUGGCAUUAAUUUUGUUCUUUGCUGCUGAAAAGUCACUCCAAGUUGGGAAAGAAAGGGAAAGAAAAGAUGAGAGCUAUCUGUUGUUUGCUUCUUCUCUUGACCGCCCAGCAUGCGGCAUGGGCACAUGGACGCUAUCAUGGCAACCAAAGACAGAAGACUGCUCCUAGUACUAGUAGGCCCCGUCGACUCGAGGAGACGCUUUCGGUGAACGACUUUUGCGGCAACAGCACUGCCCGUCGAGAUGGAAAUGACCUCCAUGUAUUUGGACUUUUGGGAAGUCGGGGAUGUCGAUAUUCUCACUCCCACCGGCACGUACUCAUGUCGUUGUACCGAACUAACCACUUCCAUAUUCACAGUGGAAUGUGGUCUCUUGUUUUUAUACCUUGGUGAUAAAAACUUGACAGCGGAAGAACUUCUAUGGGAGACGCCCAGAGCCAACAUCGAACAAAUGACCUUUGAAGCGCAGCAAGAAGGAAAUGAAACCGUGUUUGUACCUACGAGAGGCUUUUGGCGGGAGGGAAUCAACGGAGAUGAAUACGAAUUAGGAGGGGAAUCCUUUGUCUUCUCGAAUUCGUCACUCGAAAUUGCCAGUUGUGAAGCAUAUGAUGCCUUUUGCGAAGAUGCCUUUGACUGUCAAGUCUGUCCCGGAGGACAAUCGAUUUCCUGGUCUAACUGCUAUAAUGAAGCGACUUGCGAAGAGGGGGCCAAUGCACUCUUCAUCCAUCAGAUAAUCCUGGACGAUGGGAUUACCAUCGUCCCCUACCAAGAGUUGGAUGAAGCGGAGGAUUCUACCUGUCAGACCGUCGAGAACUUUUGUGCCGACCAGGCAUCUAUUGAGGAAACCAUUACUGACUCUUUGAGCAAUUUCCUUGCGGAGGACGGUGGCCAAGUAGUGGAACCAUUCAACUGCAGCUGCACCGAAAUCACUCAAGAUCAUGUGGCUUUGGACUGUGAUGCACAGUAUACCUAUGACGAGGUGGAACUGCUUGUCAACACUGAGCACAUGACAUUUAAAAGGCAAGAAGGCACCGCCUACUACCUUCCAGAACGGGUCCAGUUUACAGAUCAACUCAUUGAGGACAUUGGUACCAGCGCACCACCCUAUAAUGAGUCUUUUGUAUUGGAUGUGGGCCUAAAAGACGUUGUUUCCUGCAACAUUAAUGGAUGUGAAGCUUAUCAUUGUCAAGUCUGCCCUGGAGAGACCACCGUCCUCAACAGUUGCCCGGGUAGCCCCCAUUCGUGCGAAUCAGCAUUUCUAAUUCCUUUCCUUUUUCAGUUCCGGAAUAUAAAGUUGGCACUGGAAGGAUGUGAUGCUGCAUCGACGCCGGCUGUGAAUAAGGCUGGCUAGACAGUCAUCAGUAUCGUGGAAUGUGUGCCUGCUAUAUUCAUGAGGUUCAAACACAAGCCCACCCACACCUGCGAAGUACAGUGGUACCGGUACAGAGCAUCUCUCAAAGUCCUCCCGUAUGCAAGGGUACCGGUGCUGGUACGUACCCUGGUACAUGUACCAUGUUUCCAAUACAUACAUACAGCAA